AAUGUUAUAUAUAUGAAUACCAAUCUAGUUUGAGGACUCACACUCACUGCAUUAUCUAUAAGUUUUUGUGUGUGAUUAUAACACCCGCAACCAUGUCAAUAAACAAUCCAGUUGGUUUUCUAAGAUUGAUGAUGUUUAUGCUGUGUGUGGUGUCGCAGGUUGUUAAUGGAGAACAGCAAAUCAGAUGCCUUCCAAAGGAGAGGGAAGCACUCCUCCAAUUCAAGGCUGCAAUUGUGGAUGAAUAUGACAUGCUAUCAUCUUGGACCACUCCUCAUUGCUGCCAAUGGGAGGGGAUUCGCUGCAGCAACCUCACCUCCCAUAUUAUAAGCCUCGACCUUCAUGGAGAUAUAUAUGGAGAUGGAGAAUGUAUGAGCGGAGAGAUCCACAAGUCGUUGACGGAGUUGCCACAAUUACAGUAUUUGAACCUCAGUUCUAAUUCUUUUCCAGACACUCACAUCCCAGAGUUUCUUGCUUCUCUCAAAAACUUGAAAUACCUUGAUUUGUCUCGUUGUUCUUUUGGCGGAAGAAUUCCAAGUCAAUUAGGCUCUCUUUCUCAUUUGAAAUACUUAAAUCUUGUGGAUAAUUCUCUGAACGGUUCAAUCCCUUAUCAGCUUGGAAAUCUCUCCCAAUUGCAGCAUCUUGAUCUUAGUAGAAAUUGUUUUGAAGGAAAUAUACCUCCUGAACUUGGAAAGCUCUCCCAAUUGCAGCAUCUUGAUCUCAGGUCGAAUGGUUUUCAAGGAAAUAUACCUCCUCAACUUGGAAUGCUCUCCCAGUUGCAGCAUCUUGAUCUCAGUGAAAAUCUUUUAGAAGGAAAUAUACCAUCUCAACUUGGAAAUCUCUCCCAAUUGCAUCAGCUCUAUCUUGAAGGAUAUUACCGUAAUCUCAAAAUCAGUGACGGAGGCACUUGAAACCCAUCUUCUUCCACGACUCCACCUUUGAGCUUGUUAUGUUUGGACAAGGCAAUGGUUUCAUUAAAUUAUAAAAGUCAUUAAGCAUUGUGCUUGUUGUGAAAAAUAAA